CAGCCUCAGAACAUCAUCACAUCACCACAGAACCAACUGAACAGGAGAGGCUCUAAGAGGCAAUUGCAGGUGCUUAGCCAGUGUAACAGAAGACAUCGAGAUAAAACAGACUUGCCGAACAACAGGCAGAAGAAAAGUAACAGAGAGACUGAAUAAGUUGGACAGAUCUCUUCAAGGGCAUUCUAUAAGGUUUUCAUCCUUUCUUUCUUUAGCUCCAGGGAUGGUGAACGUGGGUAAGCUGGUGCUACUUCUGGGGGUGCUGCUGUGUCUGGGGGCCCAGCUCUCCCUCUCUCAGCACUGGUCCCAUGGCUGGUACCCCGGGGGCAAGCGGGAGCUGGACUCACUCACAACCUCUGAGAUUUCAGAAGAGAUUAAACUCUGUGAGGGAGGAGAGUGCAGCUACCUGAGGCCCCAGCGGAAAAGCAUCUUAAAGAACAUUCUGCUGGACGCACUGGCCCGAGAAUUCCAGAGGAAAAGGAAGUGACAUCACCCUACCUGUGCUUCUUUCAAAACUCACCUGUGUCCAGGAUGGACGAGUCAAUCUACCAGGGACUGCUAGAUCCAGUGGGCUGGCACAAUCCUGCAGUCAACUUCCGUCACCCUUGGUCUGCUUGUUUUCCCAUCAAUAGCUUUUCAUAUUUUCUGCUGUUGUCUAUCCUUCACAUUGAAUUUUCUUCAACACAGUAUUCAGUUCCUUCUGCUUUUGCACUGUGUAUGUACCCCUAAGUCAUCCUCC